AACACAACACCCACACAACGUGCCGCCAAUCUCUCCAUUCCAAGAUAAACAAAUGUCCCCAGCCGCCUAUUAACUCAUGCCAGCUACCCACCAGACUAUACACCUAUCUCAUUAAGAAUCCCCCUUCAAUUCUUUAUGCCCCCACCCAAAAAAUUCCCCUAAUUUUUCUAUAUAUAUCCCCCCUGGAUCGACUUUUCUAGAUAGAAGUGAACUUGAAUUGCUUACAAGUCAAUUGAAGUUGCUCUGUAAUCUGCCAAAAAUCUGCAGCCAUGGCCAUGCAAGUAGCAGGAGAUCAGAGAGCAGGAGCAGAGGUUUACUAUGGGAGCGAAGCCUGCAAGGCGAAAUCUGUGGAACUUCUGGAAUUGAUGGGUCUUCCAAAGGGCCUUUUGCCCCUUGAAGAGCUUGAAGAAUCUGGGUAUGUGAAGGAGACUGGUUAUGUCUGGCUGAAGCAGAAGAAGAAAGUAGAUCACCGAUUCAAGAAGAUCGGCAAGACGGUGUCGUAUGCCCCUGAAAUCACCGCCUAUGUGGAGAAGCACAAGAUGAAGAAGCUCACUGGGGUUAAGAGCAAGGAGAUUCUGCUCUGGGUUACUAUCUGUGAGAUUUCUAUUGACGAAAAUUCGUCUGAGAAGAUCUAUUUCAAGAGCUCUACUGGGAUUGGGAGAAGUUUUCCUGUAAGUGCUUUUGAGCUUGAGGAGGAGAAGGAUUAGGGUUAAUUUAGGGCUUUGUUUUUUUGCUUUCUUUUGGGGCAUUUUUUGGUGCCGACAAUAAUGACUGAUAAAUACAGCUAGAAUCUGAAAUUUUAUGGAUUUGGGUAGUUGUGUUACUAUAUUUCGUGAAGUGUUUUGAACUUCUGUGCAAACCGUUGCUUAGACUGCAGUGCAUGAUACUGUUAUUUACAAUUUAUGCUCUGCAAAUCGAUAUUAUUACCGAUUUGAUCUGUUAGUGCCAUUUUGUAUAUGAUGGAAGGAAAUUAAUCUGGGAGAUCAAAUGGACUCUCUAUCUUCUUUGGUAGA